ACGCCGUUAACUAACUUCCCCUCUUUCAAUUUCAUUCCCCGUGUUUGCCCUAAUUCCAUUAUGCCCCUCAAUUUCCCAAAACCCCCUUCUUCUCCUUCAAUUUGAUCCCAAAAUUCACCACAAAUCACCCCAAAUCUCUCCACAAAUCCCCAAUUUCACACCCUAACUUCAAAACCCUAACUUUAAUCCAUCGCAAUUGCUGAAACAGAGCUGCUAAGCGAGAAUAAUGGCUAAAGGGAAGCUUAUAUUAAUCUGCCAAUCUGGCGGUGAGUUCGUAACAAACGAUGACGGAACCAUGUCGUAUAACGGAGGAGAAGCAAACGCAGCAAACGUCACUUCCGAGACCCCGUUCAGCGAUUUAAAAUUAACGUUGGCUGAAACAUGCGACGUAAACCAAGACACAGCGACUGUGAAGUAUUUCCUUCCGGGAAAUAAGCGAAACUUGAUUACCGUAAAGAACGAUAAGGAUGUAAAACGGAUGAUCGAUUUUCAUGGGGAUGCACUUACAGCCGAAGUCUUUGUUAUGGGAACACCGGGGUUUAACCGUAGUGCCCUAGAAACGCAAACUAACAGGCAAAACGCUACCAAGAACGAUGAGACUGUAAACAAUGAUAACUUGAGUCCCAAGAAAGACGAGAAGAUAAAACGAGCCAAAGCGGGUCCCAAGAAAGAGAAGGUGAAAAAAGACGAUAAGGUGGCCAAGAGUCCCAUCGCAUCUCCAACUAGAACGACACGUCGUUCCAUUGCGGCCGCUAAAGCCGAAGCCGCUUCUCAAAAAAAGAAAAAACAAAAGCAAAAAGAAAAGGAAAAAACCGUUUCGGAGGAGUCCGGUGAUACUUCAAAUGCGGAAUCCGAGCAGGUUAACGUGAAUGUCGUUUCCGAAGGUAGUUCCGACGUUGUGUCUAGUCGGAACGGAAAACGGAAAAAACCCGACGCGAGCCCUGCUGACAGUGUUAAGAAACGAAAACGCACGCCGUCUUGGAAAGUUAAUGGUCGCCCGACUAUAGUUUCCGAUUCUGCGGGGUCAAAGUCAAAGCCAAAGUCAAAGGGUAGUUCUGGAAGUAAAACAUCUCAGAGAAAGAGCGGUCGGUUAGCUGCGAAAGAUAACAAGUCUCAGGAGAAGAAAUCGGGGAGAAAAAGAGGGCGUCCUCGAGCGAUUACUAUUACCAGUGAUCAAGAACAACAAGAAGAUGUUGUGGGACCUGUGGGACCCACUGCUCUUGACAUGUGUGAUGAUGACGUGUCACCUGAAACGUUAGUUUCCUUGUGGAAGUCAGCCAUUACCGGUGUUGGUCAACAAUUCACAAACGCUCACGAGUUCCAUGAAACGUUGCGCAGAUACGCUAUUGCGAAUGAUUUCGAGUUCAAACUCAAGAAAAACGAUAAAAACCGUGUGGUUGGUGAAUGUGCUGAAGAAGGGUGUUCUUGGAAGUUUAACGCCGUGUGGGCCCCGUCUACGGAAUCUUUUAAGAUAAAGACCAUGAACAAUGUACAUAAAUGCGAUAAAGAAGAUAAAGAAUCAAACAACUGGUUGUUAAAUACCAUAAAGGAGAAGCUGCAAGAAUCGCCAGAUCUAAAACCGAAAGAAAUCGCUAACGGGCUUUUGAAAGACGUUGCGGUCGAUUCAAACCGUACGGAAGUUUUCGAUGGGAACGUGGUUUCUCGUGACGAACAACUUCACGGGUCCGAUAAUGAUGCGUAUAAUAAGUUACCGUGGUUCUGUGAGAAGAUUAUGGAAACGAAUCCCGGUAGCUUCUCGAAACUCGUUGUUGGCGAGGAUAAACGAUUUAAAGCCAUGUUUGUGUCGUUUUACGCAUCGUUAUGCGGAUUUCUGAAUAGUUGUCGCCCGCUUCUUUUUCUCGAAGCGACUUCUAUGUGGUCGAAGUAUGGCGAAGUUUUAAUUACGGCUAAUGCCAUUGAUGGAAACGAUGAUUUUUUUCCCGUUGCGUUUGCGAUAGUAGACGUUGAAGAUGAUAACAAUUGGCGUUGGUUCUUGGGACAGUUGAAAGCGACAAUCUUUAACUCGCAACAACCGAUCACGUUCGUGUUUGAUAGAGAAAAGAAUUUGAAGAAUUUGAAAAUGACUGUUCUUGAACUAUUUGAAGAUUCUCAUAUCGGUUACUCGAUUUACCAUCUUCUAGAAAGCUUUAAAAGAAACGUCAAGGGCCCGUUUCACGGGGACGGUAAAUCGUAUUUGCCGUUUCAUUUCUUGGCUGCCGCACACGCGGUCCGUCUUGUCGGUUUUAAAAAGGCAACCGAACAGAUAAAACAAAUAUCGUCACAGGCGUAUGAUUGGGUCAUGCAGAUCGAACCUCAACAUUGGACGACGUCAUCUUUUAAAGGCGAACGGUACAACCACAUCAUCGAUGAUGUCGGCGCAUCUUUUUCAAAGUUAAUGGAAGAUUAUCGGGAGUUACCCAUUUUACAUAAAAUAGACGCGAUAAUACGUACGAUGAUCGAUGCCGUCAACGAUGCUAAGUUAGACGGAAGUAUGUGGUCAACGCAUCUUACUCCAUCAAAGGAGAAACAACUUCAAGAAGAGAAUAUGAGUUCAAGCGGUUUAAAAGUGUUGAUAUCUUCCGAUACGUUGUUCGAGGUUCGUGAAGAUUCGACGCAUGUCGUGAAUAUCAGUACGUGGAGUUGUACAUGUUUAGGGUGGAAAGAAACGGGCCUACCGUGUCGUCAUGCACUUGCGGUAUUUGCGUUGAUUGGUAGAAACCCGUACGAGUUUUGCUCGAGUUACUUCACGGUGGAUGCUUAUCGUUUAACCUACUUCGAGUCGAUUAAUCCUGUACCGAUCGAAAAGGAAGAAGUCGAAAAGAUAGAGAUUGAGCAAGUUGCGGGUGAAACGGAACUCGUUUUGAACAUCGAGGGCGACAUUGCGGAAACUGGCGAAAAGAUCGAGGUCGAAGAAGAAAAAGUUGAAACCGAAACGAAGAUUGAUAACGACGAGUGCGAAAAGGUAGAGAUUGAAGACGAGAAGGGUGAAAAGAUGGAGAUCGAGAUUACAUGGGGUGAAAAUGACGAAAGCGGGAAAGUGGAGGGUGAAAAGGUGGAGAUUGAGAAAGACGAGGGGGGAAAGGGUAAGAUUGCAGAAGACGAUGACGCGCGCGUGCUUGUGCUUCCUCCGAUACCUGUAAAAACGGUCGAUGUAAGGAAGGAGAAGAUGGAUUGGGACGAAACGGAGGUGGAAACGAAGAGAACGGUAACGUGCACAAAAUGCAAGCAGCCGGGGCAUAAUAAGAAGUCUUGCAAUCUGUACCAGCUGCAACAAGAAGCUUGUUGACUUUGGUCAACUAUGAAGAACAGUCACCAGGUAUGAUAUAACAGUUAUUGUGAGACCAGUUUAUAGGUGGUUUUAUUUUUAUUGUUAAUAUUUGAACUUGAAAGUCUUGGUUUGAGAACAUUUGGUUAGAUUUUAUUAUACUCUUUGAACUUUAGUCCUUUUUUUUUUUUUUUUUUAACUCUUUUAGCCUUGGUCUUUUUUUUUUUUUUUUUUUUUAAGUUGCUCUAGUGAAGGUAGGAAAAAUGUUGAUGAAUAAAUAUUUCUGCUUGUAAUCCUGGGUUAAUCCUGAGAUUUGGAUUGGGCUUU